AUGGUUUAUAACAGGUAUUCAAAGUCACCACGUGUCUUGUCGGACGGAAACAAGAGCAGUGUUCGUGUUCUGGUUCUUGCUUCAUACAGAAGUGGUUCGACAUUCGUCUUAGAGCUCUUCAAGCAAAAUGAGAAAUUCUUUUCUUUGUUUGAACCGGGUCAUGUUUUGGCGGCAUGCUUGCCAAAUAACGAGAAAAAGAAAACUAUAUUUUCAGCCAGGAUAAUAGAAUUGCUUCAUGAUAUUUAUACGUGUACAUUUCAAUCGUUGUAUGCACGCUGUUACAUUACCGCCGGAUCUGGGUCAUUUAGUGUCAAAAAUGCAAUGUCACGAACAUCGGGACUUCAGGAAAUUCAUGUAGACGACGUCAUUGAAUACUGCAACAAACGUGAACAUAUAGCAGUGAAAACCAUACGAGUGGAAUAUUUGAAUGACGUAGUGCCUCUCAUUCGCGAUUCGGACGUAAACCUGAAAGUAUUACACCUUGUAAGGGACCCGAGAGGAAAGUUCUUGUCAAUUAGGAAAUUGGAAAAAGAAAAAAUCCCAUUAGAAAAAGUGAUGGAGAUGGUAAACCGAUAUUGCAAUGUUUGGGCUAGAAAUAUAGCAAUCGGAAAUGACGCAAGAAAGUGGCUACAAAAUAAUUAUAAAACUAUCAGAUAUGAGGAUUUGGCACAACAUCCAAUCACCACAGCAACAGAAAUAUAUCAGUUUUUAGGACUGGAACUGCCAGAUAAUGUACGUGUUUGGUUGCGCGAUAAUACGGACCACAACAGUGGCGGGGCGUAUGGUACAAGUCGCAAGUCUAAUAUUACAUCAACAGCAUGGAGAAAGAAUCUUUCUUUUAACGAAGUACAACAGGUGCAGUCAUUUGAGAGUUGUCAACAAAUGAUGAAAUGGGCAGGUUACAAAAUCGCUAAUAGUCAUGAAGAGAUGAUGAACCUGAAUGUGAGUUUGGUUGUACCUAAUAUAAAAUUAAACUGGACUAGGAUAGGUACUAGUCCCGAAUAUACAUAUUCAGGCAAUGCCAAAUCUACAUGGAUCGAAGUCAUAUAG